AUGAGCGCUAGUGCGGUAAGCAAAAAACAAUGUGUAACCUGUAAUAAAAGCGGUGGAGUUUUAACUUGCGAUGGAUGUCAACGAUCAUUUUGUGGUAAACACGUCAUUGAACAUCGACAGGAGCUCGCUGGACAGUUGGAUAAUAUUAUGCAGGAACAUGAUUUAUUACAGCAAGAAUUUCUUCAACCUUCAUCGAAAAAAGAUUCUUUAUUGAAGAAAAUUGACAAAUGGGAAAAAGAUUCCGUGGAAAAAAUUCAGGUCGCUGCGGAAACAGCUCGAAAAGCUUUGGAAGAAAUGCUCCAGCAAGCAAAACAAGAAUUUACUACAAAAUUUCCUAUCAUUGUGGAAACGCUUCGUGCAUCUCGUGAAGCUGAUGAUUUUUCGGAACAUGAUCUUGAUCGAUGGAGACAACAAUUGAAAGAACUUACAACAGAAAUGAAAUCAUCAUCGAUUGCUUCGUUUGUCGCCGAUAAGAAUGAACCUAUUUUUCUUAGGAAAUUACAAAAGACCGGCUCAACUCCACAGGCACCAGAAACGACGACUAAUUCCGCAUGCCCAUCGUCAGCAUCGACUGCUUCAUCGACAUUUUCUACAAAGCCUCGCUUACAGGUUGGAUUCGCUGAGAUUUUAGGGCCCGUUCUGAUCGAAGACGGCGGUCUAUGUGCAAAACAUAUGGGUUUAACAACUUCGGACUAUGCUUACGUGCGUGGCCGACUACUCUAUUCCGGAGGUUGUCAUACAAUGCGAUUUAAACUGGAAAAGUUCAAAAAGCAAUAUCAGAUUUUCUUUGGAUGUAUGUCAAACAAGGUCGAUCUGCAGAUAAGUGCCUUUCGCUCUUCCAGUGCUGUCGGAUGGUUUGGACAUAAUCAAACGUACGAACAUGGAUCAUGUGUUAGCGAUUGUAAAAAGCAUGGGUAUAAUAGUAGUAAAAUGGAAAUCAAUGACAUAGUGCGUCUUACAUUUGAUUGCGAUAGAAGAGUGAUUCAAUUAUUCCAUGAACGUUUGAAGUUAACUCAUACUCUUAAAGUCAACAUUGGCAAAACACCGUAUCCGUGGCAAGUUUUAGUGGUUUUGUCUCAUUCUGGUGAUUGUGUAAAAGUGCUGAACGAUUCGUGA